CGCCCACCCCACCCCCGCCAUGUCCACCUCUCCCGCCACGCAGCAGCGCUACGUCGUGCUCGGCGGCGCCGGCUUUCUCGGCUCGGCCAUCGUGCGCGCCCUCGUGGCGCGCGGCGAGAAGAACGUGCUCAUCGUCGACGUGCGCCCGCCGGCCGCCGACGCGGCCACAUCCAGCGCCGCCGCCUUCCACCAGGGCGACAUGACCGACGAGGCGGCCCUCGUGGCGCUCUUCGGCAAGCUCAAGCCCGACGUCGUCAUCCACACGGCCUCGCCGAUUGCGUCGGGCGGACAGAAGGAGCUCUUUGAGCGCGUCAAUGUGCGCGGCACCGUCAAUGUCGUCAAGGCGUGCCAGCAGAACGGCAUCACCAGCCUCGUCUUUACCAGCUCCGCCGGCGUGCUUUUCGACGGCAGCAACCUGAUCAACGUCGAUGAGCGUAUGCCGUACCCGCUCAAGGCGUUUGACGCCUACAACGACACCAAGGCCCGCGCCGAGCAGAUCGUCCUGGCCGCCAACACGCCGCGCUCGGACAAGGCGGGCCUCAAGACGGUCUCGCUGCGUCCGGCGGGCAUCUUCGGCCCCGGCGACCGCCAGGCGCUGCCGGGCUUCUUCGGCGUACUCGCGGCGGGCCGCACCAACGUGCAGCUCGGCGACAACACGAACCUCUUUGACUGGACGUACGUCGACAAUGUCGCGCACGCGCACCUGCUGGCCGCCGACAAGCUGCAUGCCGAGCCGUACGCCAUGGACGAGCUGGUGCACGAGCACAUCGCCGCGCGCAUCCUCUCGCCCGAGGAGCGCAAGCUGGAGCGCGCCGUGCCGACGUCAGAAAAGCGACCGAGCCCGCCGGGUGUGCCAGACUUUGCCGCCGAUCUGCCGAAGCAGGAACUGGAGCGCAAGCUGGAGCCGGGAGAGAUGGCUGGCACAGACAUCCGUCCCGUGGCGCGCUCCAAGUGGGACCAGUUCUUCUACCUCGUCCACCCCACGGUGCAGAACGCAGACAACCCCGCGCCGCAGACUUGGGACUUUGCCGCGGACGAGGAGGGCGCGGGUGCGGCGCUCGAGGUGGCGGGCCAGGCGUUCCACAUCACCAACGGUCAACCAAUGUGCUUCUGGGACUUCCCGCGCGCCCUCUGGGCCGCUGCUGGCCACCCGGUGAACCUGAAGAAGGUCUGGUCGAUUCCCACUGGCCUCGGCCUCUGGCUCGCCGGCGCGUCGGAGACCUUUGCGUGGUUGACUCGCCGCGAGGCGCAGUUCACGCAGUUCAAGGUGACCUUCAGUUGCGCAACUCGCUACUACAAUGUCGAGAAGGCACGGAGGCUCCUGGGCUACGAGCCCCUCGUCGGCAUGGAGGAGGCAGUGAAGCGCAGCGCGCAGUGGUGGCAGGAGGAGGGCCACAAGCUUGCCCCCAAGUGAAGAGGCGCCGUCCCGCGCAGCUGCGCGAGACCGGGAGC